CGCCCACAGGAUGACCAGGGUAUCGGCUUGUAGCUACGGGCUAGGCCUUCAAUUCAAGUCACGCAGCAAGCGCCACCUCUCAGCGGUACUCCAGCUACAGCGCAUAGCGCAAUCUCGCUCUCAAUCAGAAACUUCGCUCUCAAUCACACGAAAACCUUUU